AUGGCGUCUUUCAAAAAUGAAUCGUCUCGCGCUGAGACUGCGACAAUGAAUCUGUUUCAAGGCGCACGAUUCUGGCUAUCUCUAACUGUUCCACAAAGGUCGAGGUUUAAAGAAUUAAUCAAGCAAUAUGGUGGCACUGUUGUGCUGAUGGAGAAGGAUGCUGAUGUGAAGCUGGUGGAUCAUACAAGGAAAGACCUGCCUUCGGACACUUUCUCUUAUCAAUAUGUAGAGCGUUCCAUCAACAAGGGACGACUCGAAGAUCUAGAAGCCCACCGCGCUGGGCCAUCUGUACCUCGUCCAAUGGGCGCAUCCAACAUUCCUACGAAAAGCACAAGAUCGUUUUACACCCUGAAAGAGGAUCAACUUCUGUUCGACUGGGUUGAAGCCUAUGGACAAGACCGAACGGUGCCUAUCCAAGGUAACAAAAUAUACCAGGAUUUGGGUGAACUGUUCCCCAGUCAUCCAUGGCAGUCUUGGCGCAGUAGAUAUCUGAAGCACCUGCGUGGUAAGGGCCGUCCAGGUGGCGGCACCCCAUUAUCAUUUGACGAGCUUUUACGGUCUGCGCCAUCCCAAGGCGAACGUCCAAAGACUUUACCUGACCGGACUUCCCCGGAAGCAUCCACAGCAAAAUCUAGCUCAAGGGUCCCCUGGCUGGCACCACCUGCUCCGGCGGAAGCAAGUACAGCAAACAGCCCAAAACGAAAACGAGAUCCGGUCCCUGAACCGCCGACUCAACGACGAAGAGAUGCUUCACCCAUGAAAAGAAGAGCCAUUGAAGCUACUGCAACUGCGGGCCCUUCCUCACAUCGUCUUCGUCCUGAUAGCCGGGAACCCCAGCCAGAGUCAUCAAACGUGGCAGCCACACCACCCUUUACUACACGGCCAGAAAGAGGCUCUCCCAGUGUCUUGUCGUCAGAUAAAGGACCGCUUCAAGGCCUUGGAAUUCCGGGUCUCUUCCCAGUCCCGGACCCUGCCAUACAAACCCCUCGUCGCGUCACUCGCGAGACUUCACAACGACCAACUAAUGUAGCAGAACCGUCAGCACCGCCUGUACCGCGACCAUUGGGUGACAAUGCCUUCGCACAGUCUGGCCGAUUCAAGAAACAAGUACCGAAACCCAGACCACCAGUCAAGGAUAUCUUCAAAGACCCAGUGGACCCUAUUUUCCUAGAACUCCCAUUCUUGCCAUCAAGCCCCGCAUCCGAGACGACUGACGAUGACACCUUGGAUGCGCCCGAUGUGGAUACUUGGAUUGAUCAACGCCUUACUCGAGGUGCCAAAGAAUCCCACGUCUUCGAGGCUCUGCGAUGUACAAGCAUGGUCCCAGAGAUGGCAGAUAAGGUUCUCCAAUACCUCACCGCUGGGAAGGGUAUUCCCGAGGAUAUGCCCGGGGUCUGGACAGCCGAGGACGAUAGCUGUUUACAAGCGGGGGAAUAUUCGCGUGUGCAGCGAGCGUUGGCGAAACACGGCUCAGAAGCGUACAAGGAUAGAUGGGAAUAUUUCAGCAUGGCUCGGCAGACAGGGCUCAUUGAAUGA